AUGUCCGAUGGAGCUAGCGAGGCGGCGGCGGCGGAGCAAGCAUCGGCGGUAGACCACGGGAGGGAGGAAGAGGGGCAGCAGGCGGCACCGAAUCCGGCCGUAGCGGGGGCCGAGGAUGCGGUUGGCGAGGCGGGGGCGGGGCAUGCCGGCCGCUCCACCCCCUCGGCACCGCCGCCUGAGGUCCUCUCGCUGGCGGACGCUAGCUUCGACACCGGCCGUCGAGACGCGCCCGAGUCCACCAUCGGUGGCCAGACAACGUGUAUCGUGUGCUUCACUAGGCCGAAGUCGCACGUCGCUCUGCCGUGUGGCCACCAGUGUGUCUGCGGCCCCUGCUCCGCUCGGCUGCGAGCGUGCCCGUAUUGCCGCACGCCAGCCGAGCGCUGGUGGCACGUCCGCGUGGUGUGA